UGAAAGGCGAAGGCGAAGACACAGCAACGAACAACAACAACAGAUGAAAAAGCACUAGAGAGAAAAAAUAAAAAUAAAGUCUCUUUACCUCCUUGCCUUCUCUCUCUCUCUCUCUCUCCCUCUAUACCUUUCUUCGAAUCUAGGGUUCUUCUGUAGCAUUUUACUUUCUCUCUUUCUUUCAAUAAGCUGCUGCAUCCAGUUUCUCUUUCUCUAUACGCGUGUAUGGUUGGCUAUUUAUGUACUUAUGCUCGGCUACUGGGAGCUUUGUUCUGUUCGUUAAAUCUCUUUAGCUGAACACCAUGAAUUACUAGUUGCAGACGAAUCUUUGGGGGAUAUGAAGAAGAAGAUCUGUUUCUGCUUUAUUCACCCUCUUUGCUUUAUUAUUAUCAUACCUGCACCAAGACUUGUGAAUCUUCAACUCGUCUAGUCAUUCAUUCCAAGCUUCAUAAGGGAUCCAGACAGACAGACAGACAGACAGACACCAGAAGAAAUCUUGUUAUUUUCGAUCUGGGUAAUCUUUUUCCAAGGAACCCAUCUUCUUCUUAGCUUAGAUCGCUACUUCAACCGACCGCUUAGGAGGAGAGGAAGGGAGAGGAGGGGAAUAACGUUUCAGUGACUUGGGUGGGGAAUCAAGCUGCCUGUUGUCGUUUUCUUCAAAUCUUCUUGCGUUCCGUGACCAUUGAAUAUUUUAUUUACAUCAAAUUCUGCAGCAGCCUAAUUCAGAGAGACAUUCUCCUCUAAUAUUUGUUUACAGCUCAUUUGUCUGCUUUUGAUGGUGACAGUUGGUUGUGCUAAGUUAAGUGCUUGAAGAGAAGAAAGAGAGAGAGAGAGAGAGAGAGAGAGUGAGAGAGAAAAAGAAAAAAGAAGAAGCUACCCCCUUCUUCUCUUCUCUCUGUGCUUCUUCUUUCGGGAAAAUCAAUUCGAUUAUGGCAAUUUCCUGUAAGGAUGCUAAAAACGCCAUGGAUAACGGUAAAUACGUUCGCUACACGCCUGAGCAGGUUGAAGCCCUUGAGAGGUUCUACCAUGAGUGCCCCAAGCCCAGCUCCAUUCGCCGACAGCAGCUCAUUCGCGAGUGUCCCAUUCUAUCCAAUAUCGAGCCCAAGCAAAUCAAAGUUUGGUUCCAGAAUCGAAGAUGUAGAGAGAAACAGAGGAAAGAGGCUUCCAGGCUUCAAGUCGUUAACAGGAAGCUGACAGCAAUGAAUAAACUUCUAAUGGAAGAGAAUGAUAGGUUGCAGAAGCAAGUUUCCCAGCUUGUGUACGAAAAUGGCUACUUUCGCCAAAAUACCCAAAAUCCAACACUUGCUUCCAAGGAUGUCAGUUCUGAUUCAGUGGUGACAAGUGGCCAACACCACUUGCCGCCGCCUCAGCAUCCGCCAAGGGAUGCCAGUCCUGCAGGACUUUUGUCCAUUGCAGAAGAGACUUUAACGGAGUUUCUAUCCAAGGCCACUGGAACUGCUGUUGAGUGGGUUCAAAUGCCUGGAAUGAAGCCUGGUCCGGAUUCCAUUGGAAUCGUUGCUAUUUCUCACGGUUGCACUGGUGUGGCAGCGAGAGCCUGCGGCCUGGUGGGCCUAGAGCCUACAAGGGUUGCGGAAAUCCUCAAAGAUCGUCCAUCAUGGAAUCGUGAUUGUCGAGCGGUGGAUAUUCUAAACGUGCUUCCCACUGCCAAUGGUGGAACCGUUGAGUUGCUUUACAUGCAGCUCUAUGCGCCAACAACCUUGGCUCCUGCUCGUGACUUCUGGUUGCUGCGUUAUACAUCCGUUAUGGAAGAUGGAAGUCUUGUGGUCUGUGAAAGAUCUCUAAACAAUACCCACAAUGGUCCCAACAUGCCACCUGUUCAGAGUUUUGUAAGAGCGGAAAUGCUAUCUAGUGGCUACCUUAUUAGGCCUUGUGAUGGAGGGGGGUCAAUGAUCCACAUUGUUGAUCAUAUGAACCUGGAGGCAUGGAGUGUGCCUGAAGUUUUACGUCCACUGUAUGAGUCAUCAGCAAUGCUCUCUCAAAAGACAACAAUGGCUGCUUUGAGGCAGUUGAGGCAGAUAGCUGAGGAGCUUUCUCAAUCAAAUGUCGCUAACUGGAGCAGAAGACCUGCGGCUCUGCGAGCACUUAGCCAGAGGUUAAGCAGGGGUUUCAAUGAGGCUCUUAAUGGGUUCACUGAUCAAGGUUGGUCUGUGAUGGGAAAUGAUGGCACAGAUGAUGUCACCAUUCUUGUGAAUUCUACUCCCGAUAAAUUGAUGAGCUUAAACUUGACGUUUGCAAAUGGAUUUCCACCUGUCAGCAAUACUGUCCUGUGUGCAAGAGCUUCAAUGCUGUUGCAGAAUGUGCCCCCUGCAAUACUACUCAGGUUCUUGAGGGAGCACAGAUCAGAAUGGGCAGACAACAAUUUUGAUGCUUAUGCAUUUGCGGCAGUUAAACUUGGUCCUUCUAGCAUGCCUGGGGCACGAGUAGGAAGUUAUGGGAGUCAAGUUAUACUUCCAUUGGCUCAUACUAUUGAGCAUGAAGAGCUGUUGGAGGUUAUCAAAUUGGAUGGCAUCGGCCAUUGUACUGAAGACACCAUAAUGCCUAGAGAUCUAUUUCUCUUGCAACUUUGCAGUGGAAUGGAUGAGAAUGCUGUUGGCACUAGCUCUGAACUCCUCUUUGCUCCUAUUGAUGCUUCUUUUGCUGAUGAUGCACCUCUUCUUCCAUCUGGCUUUCGCAUUAUUCCUCUGGAUCCUGCCAAGGAAGCCUCAAGUCCAAAUCGGACUCUUGAUCUCACUUCUUCUCUGGAGAUUGGGUCUGGAAAUAAAACCUCCAACAGCUACUCAACUGGCAGCGGAUGUACAAGAUCAGUGAUGACUAUAGCAUUUCAAUUUGCAUUUGAAAGUCACAUGCAAGAACACGUUGCUUCUGUGGCUCGUCAAUAUGUUCGUAGCAUUAUUUCAUCGGUUCAAAGGGUUGCAUUAGCACUUUCACCAUCCCAUAGCUCUCAUGGUGGUUUAAGAUCUCCAUUGGGUAGCCCUGAAGCAAAUACUCUUGCACAGUGGAUCUGCCAGAGUUAUAGGUGCUAUUUGGGUGUGGAAUUGCUCAAUUUUGGCGGUGAAGGAGCAGGAGAAUCUUCUCUGAAAAUGCUCUGGAAUCACUGUGAUGCUAUUCUAUGUUGCUCAGCAAAGGAAUUGCCUGUAUUUACUUUUGCUAAUCAAGCUGGUCUUGACAUGCUUGAGACAACAUUGGUUGCACUUCAGGACAUAACUCUGGAGAAAAUCUUUGAUGAUCAAGGAAGAAAAAGUUUAUGUUCUGAGUUCCCUCAAAUUAUGCAACAGGGUUAUGGUUGUCUUCAAGGUGGAAUAUGUCUGUCGAGCAUGGGCAGGCCAAUUUCGUACGAAAGAGCGGUAGCCUGGAAAGUACUUAAUGAAGACGAUAAUCCUCAUUGCCUCUGUUUCAUGUUCGUGAACUGGUCAUUUGUGUGAUUCUUUCUUUCUGGGUAAACUUUUUAUAUAUUAAGAGUUGUGAGUCAGUCCGUCCUAAAGCUACAAACAAUACUUGCUUCCGUUUUUUAUUUAUUUCCUAGAUACUUGCUUGCUGGGUUGCUUUCUUUUCAGAAUUUGGGUUAACUCUUUUUUUUUUUUUUAAGAAGAUUAAGACAUGUAAUGCUAUGCUUUUGCUGACUUAUUGCUUACAACAAGACUGUUCUCUCUUAUUUAUGCUUUUGUUUUCUUGAUGGUCUUCAU